CCGGUUGAGCUCUUGUUGGUGUGGUAGAACUUUUAUAUACAGAGUAGAGCGAACCCCCACCGGACAUCAAUCACCACACCCUCUACUCACCUUCAAGACCCGGUCUACGAUUGGGACAAGGAUACGGAACGCCAUGCAGCUCCUCUCCAUUGUCGCGGCCUCAUUUUCGCUGGGUGCGAGCGCCGCUCUGGCCUCGCCUGCCUUUGCGGCCGUUGAUAGCUUGUCCCCAGUCAUUUCCCGCCGGGCGAACAGCUCGUCGCAAGCCGGACCAUAUGGCUUGAACAAUGUGCACUGCCAGGACGUUCAUCUCAAGGUACCCGUCAGCUCGCAGAACAUCGUCUUCAAGGAUGUGGUCGACAACUACGACAACGCCUCGUAUGUUAACCAGCAGAUCCUUGACUACUCCACGGGCAUGACGAACUACACCGAAAAGCACAUGACGCAGCAGAAGAAGACGGUCAAUGCUACCUACGACAUCUUUGGGCAGUACUGCACGCCAAAGGAGCACGCGAAGAAGAACAGCAGCCUCAUCGUCGCUGUCCACGGUGUCGGCUUCGAUCACACGUACUGGAACUUCAAUUACAAGGACUAUUCGUUUAUUCGCCACGCUGCUUCGCACGGCUACUCCGUCUUUGCUUUCGACCGUCUCGGAUGCGGCAAAUCGUCAAAGCCCAGCAAGGGUGGAUUUAGCGUUGUGCAGUCGCCCCACGAACUGGCCAUCCUCAAGGAGGUCCUCCGCCAGACGCGUCAGACCAACAAUGUCGGCGGCAGCAAGCACUCCAAGAUCACCCUGAUUGGCCACUCUUACGGCUCCGUGCAGGGGCAAGCCAUCUCGGCCCAGUCGCCUGACCUUAUCGAAGGCCUUGUCUUGACUGGCUUCUCGACCAACUCGACCGGCACCGUCCCUUUCUUCCUCGCUGGAACACUCACCAUUGCCAACGAGGUCCCUGAUCUCCCCCAGCUGAAGAAAGACCCUUCGAUCUGGCUCGCCACAGCCUCGUCGCAAGCCGACUCAUCGCAGUUCAAUGACCCCCUGUACGUCGAACAGGGCGCCAACAAGCUGGCGCGCUCCUCUGCCCAGCCCGUCACACUUGGCACCCUCUUCUCCAUCAGCGCCAUCAGUGGGCCCUCGAUGACCUACAACAAGCCCGUCUUCGUUAUCAAUGGCGAGGAGGACUUGCCCUUCUGCAACCGGAACUGCGAUACGCCCGUCGGAGGUGGCAUGACCAUCAUCCAGUCCGUUUCUAUGCUCUUCCCGCAGGCAAAGAACUUUACCGUUGCCACGCUGCCCAACACCGGACACGGCAUCUCGGCCCACCCCACCUCGGCCCAAGGUUAUGAAGAGGUGCUGAGCUAUAUCAUGGCUAAUGGUCUCUAAUCUUGUGGACUUUUGUUGAGUCUCUUGCGGAGAGAGCUCCCGCGUAGGUUGCAGCUCCUCCUUCCGGCCCCUUGCGAACCAUCACACAUCUAGCCUUUCUAUAAUACUACCGCGACUUCUGCAUUACUUCUCGCAAAGUCUUUCAUACACAUCAUCCUCUCUUCUUGUCGAUGUCUUCAAGUGAGCAAAAUAUAUCAGACUCAAUGCUUCUC